GGUCAUUUAGUAUUAUUCAGUAUUGAUGAAUAUAUUUAUGCUGACAAUAUAAACAAUGUAACCAGUUCCUAGAAUUGGGUUAUUCGAUAGGUAGUCAGUGCCUAUUAAAAGGUCGAAGUGUUGAUUUAAUCUUGAAAUGGGCAUGGGUUUUGAUUCUGUGAAGGUAACAGAUUAAAGACUAGUAAUCAUUUUCCACUACUGGUUUGAGAUAUUGACAUAUUGUCCGUUUCAGAAAAUAUAUAUGGUGAGUCAAUUAUACUCUUUCUUUCGCCCAGCCUCCUUCCCUCCAUUCACCAUUGGCUAAUCUUAAUUUUUUUAUGCCUUUUGCAUCUCUUGAGGAACAUGGCUAUGAAUAUAAUUAUUAUAAUUAACUAAUUUUUUACUAAAUAAGACUAAUACUUUUAAUAAUAAUUUUCGACAGAAAACAUUUUAAGAAGUAGAGGAAAAAAUAGAUCAGUUUAUACACUAGCGAAAAUCAGGUAGUCAUUAAUAAUAUUUUCUUAUUUACUUUUUUAUAUAACUUGCUUGGCCAAGAUGUAUUUAAAGAAGCUAACCUAUUGGCUAUAUAGAUAUAUAACCUUGUUUUAUAAGAGAAUAUCUGGGGCAAAAAGUCUAAUAAAGCUUGUCAUCAGUUGCAUAACUGGGGGGUGGCAAAUGGCCCCUGAGUUUUAAGGCCCCCUACAAAAAAUGACAAAAUAUUGAGCAAUUAAACCACAAAAAACAUAAAAAUAAGCAGCCACCUUUUGCUUACUGAUGAAUGUUAUCAAUGUUAUGAUGCUUUAGAAUUGUUUUGCAGGGAUUUCAUCAUUUUCAUGGCCAAAGACCGAACGAACUUCGUACAUAUGGCAAAUUAAUGCCUAUAAAAUACAAACUAUUUUUUUGUUUCGAGGAAUAAACCUUAUUUUUAUACCAACAUAUACAAGUUGAGAUAGCAUUAGAUGUAGGUUGUAAAUUUAUCCUAUUGUAUUAUUGGAUCAAACAGGAGUGACAAGUCAGUGAGUAUGACCCCAGGACAAAAUAGCUCGAAUAUCAUGUUAAUAUGACGAAUCUCGUAGAGCUGGAGCCAUAGUCAGGGGGGGAUGGGCACUAGUGGUUGUGUUACGCCACUGCUCGUCUACUUGUCAUUCGUGACAGGUUACCUGCAACAAAACUGGUGCUCAUGUGUGUGGGAAAGCGUAGGCGUUGUGUAACUUCUGCCAUCGUGGCACAGUUGAUGAUCUUUCGUUGAACACAGCACGUUUAAUCUUUUCUGCUAAAAGUAACAAAAAUUUUCAAAAAGCGGGAUUCGCUAGGAAAAACAUUUUACGAAACACCGGGGGGGAAAGAUCAGUUUAUACACAAGACAAUAUCAGAUGUUUUGGGGAUCCAGCAUUCCACUUCAUAGUUUGAUGUUACUGCUGCUCGCAUUGUUUCAAUCAUCAGAUUUGAUAGCUGCAAACAAACUGGUCACGCAUGACACUGACAUUGACUUUCAAGUCGAUUCGUAUGAAAAUAUAUCGCAGAAAAUAAUCGAUUUUGUAACAAAAGGUGAGGGAAAACAUCAAACUUUCAACCGUCUUGCGGCAAUGACAGAUAAAUUUGGGAACAGAUUAGUCGGCUCAGAGACCUUGGAGAAUGUCAUCGAUUACAUGUUAGCCCAGUUCAAGGCAGAUGGAUUAGAAAAUGUUCACGGAGAACCAGUGUCAAAAAUUCCUCAUUGGGUGAGAGGAAAGGAGUCGGCAACAUUAUUAGAACCCCGUCAUUAUGAAAUGUCGAUGUUAGGUCUUGGUGGGAGUGUGGGAACAAAAGGAAUUACUGCAGAGGUUUUAGUUGUACACUCCUUUGAUGAACUGCAUAAAAGAGCUGCAGAAGCAAAAGGAAAGAUAAUAGUUUUCGACCAAGAUUACGUGAGCUAUGGUGUUUCAGUUGCUUACCGAGAUUAUGGAGCCUACGAAGCCAGCAAAGUUGGAGGCGUUGCUUCUCUUAUACGAUCCAUUGCACCGUUCUCGAUCAACAGCCCGCAUACAGGAUGGCAGGAUUACAGAGCGAACACAACUAAAAUUCCAACUGCGUGUAUAACUAUUGAAGACGCUCAAAUGUUGUCGAGAAUGGCAGCCAGAGGAGAAAAGAUUGUCAUCCAUUUAUAUAUGGAAGCACAAAACCUUCCAAAAGCAACGUCAAGAAACACUGUUGCUGAAAUUGUUGGUUCAAAAUAUCCAGACCAGGUUGUUUUAGUCAGCGGUCACCUUGAUAGUUGGGAUGUUGGUCAAGGCGCAAUGGACGAUGGUGGUGGUGCGUUUAUAUCUUGGCAAGUCUUGUCAAUAAUGCGACAACUCAAACUGCGUGCGAAGAGAACAGUCCGUGCUGUUCUAUGGACUGGCGAAGAGGUCGGUCUGAUAGGGUCGCAACAGUAUUACAACACGCAUAAGGUAAAUAUAUCAAAAUAUGACUUGGUUAUGGAAAGUGACAUCGGAACGUUUAGACCAAAUGGAUUAAAGUUCACUGGGAAUGAUGAAGCCUUUGCCAUUAUGGAGAAAAUCAUGACACUUUUGAAACCCAUCAAUGCCUCAACCCUCUACCACACAGCUGACGGUGGUGAUGUAAGUUUUUGGAUAAAGAACGGCGUGCCUGGUGGUAGUUUGUCGAACGACAAUGCAGAAUAUUUCUAUUUUCAUCACAGCAAUGGUGAUACAAUCACAGUAGAGAAUGCAGAUGAUUUAGAUCUUUGUGCCGCAUUGUGGGCUGUUGUUGCUUAUGUUGUAGCUGAUAUGGACGACAUGUUGCCAAGAUAAGAUAGAUAAGAUCAUACCUAAUCAUGUUCAGUUGUAAUGAGAAUACUGCUUGGAAUUUCUAUAAAACUAUGAGAAAAUCGACGUGCUUUGAAUUGGUGUUCAUACAACAGUGAUUACUGGAUAAUCUUUUCAAUUUGGUUACUAUAUAAAAGGAUUUAAAAGCAAGGCCAAGAGUGAAUAUACAGUUGUUUAAUAAUUGUUUAAUACAUACAUAAUUUUAUAUAAUAUUCUUAAAAUUUUGCAUGUUGAAUUAAUAACUUAAUCUUUAAAUCAUCAAUUUGUAGAAUUUGUAUUGCAUUAGUAAUAGAUUCACAUUGUGUUUGCACAAAUUGACGAUUUAAUUUUAUAUCUCUAAAAAUAUGUUUGUAUCUCGAGAAAAUUAAAAAUCAUACUAACAACCGCAGGUGUUAGAAACAAUUAUAAUUUAAAUUAUAGGUAUAUAAAGCGAAUUUAUAAAGAAUGAACUAGAGUUAUUUCAAAACCUCGACAAUGACUUACUCUGUAGUAGGGAAGUUAAAACUUGUAGAGGAUUGGACCGAUUGGUGACGUUAGCAGUACAUUGUGGUACUGUAGAAUAACAGCCCCAUGAUGCACUUCUAAUCUCGAUAUUAGUUACCAGUUCUCUACUGCAAUUUUGCAAUGGGUCAGUGAUUUAUCAGUGAAAUAAAAUUGAUGCGACGAUGCUUCUUAUGUAAACUUAGGGCCUGUUUACAAGGAACGAGAUGUCCUGGCUAGGCAAGGUGAAAACUGCAUAUAAUGAAAGACUAAUCAGGUUAAGGUUGAUGUGAUGCGCUUUUUACCUCGCCUAGCCGGGAUAACUCACUCCAUGUAUCCAUCUCAGCAAUAGCAUGUUUGAAAUUCCGAUCCGGCAAAUUUACUGCUAAUUUUCUAAAGGCAUCAAUUAGAGUACAAAAUCUCUCGGAAAGUGUUUGAAUUAUAGUUUGCAUCUUCUACUCUUCUAAACUAAAGAAAUUAAGAAAAUAUCUGUAGGUUGUAGAAAACGUCAAGCAUGUCAGUCAUCCUAGCAAGGAAUAGCGAUUGUUUAUCAUUACAUUUUAUUUUAUAUUCUCCAAAACUUCCACCGAAUUCUCAUUAUACCACCGAGAUAAGUCAGAUAACGUCACGCAAAUUAGGAUAAAAGCCACAGACCUGUACGCGGCAUAUAUAAACGAUAUAUUAAUAUGGCCUUAAACGGUAGUGGAUAACAGUGGAUGGAU